UAUAAAAUUUUAUACAUUGCAUUGUUUUAAUUAAAUCAUUUUCUAUGUUUCUUACAGCUUAAAAUGGUCUUUUUGGCCCAAGGGCCGGGGCCCUUCGUCUCCCGCCGUGUCGUAUGUGACUGCAGCCGAAACAACGUCAAUUUCGUCAAGCACAACAAAACUCCUGUGUUGCUCAACGUUUACAACAAGCAUCAGGUUCACCUAACGUCAGGAAUUGCAUCCGAAGACCUACCGGUACGCUUUGAUUUUUCUUCGUCAUUGUUUUUUAACUUUAGCGAAGAAAAACUACCGUCAUUCGAGGGCCCGCCAGCAGCGGAAGCCCUUCUCGCUCUUUCUGCAUGGAUUCAAUGAAACGUAGCGAGGCGAGUAACAGCCACCACCAAAGUAAGGUGGUUUUAACGAACCAAGGAACAGACAGCAAUAACAAAGUAAAUCUUAGCGGUAGUAAUCUGAACAAUAAUACUGUAAGUAAUAAGCAGCAACACCAAUCGGCUCCAUUGAAUCCAAAUCAAGCGUCCACGCUGCCAAAUACAUCAACUUCAUCGACGACGCCAACAGCCGGUGAUAUCAACAAGGAUUCCAAUUUUGAAUACGACGAUAACGAGUGGGAUGUUGGCAUAGGUGACCUGAUCAUUGACCUAGACGCGGAUAUAGAAAAAUCAUCAGUUCAGUCCGGGACAGCACUGAUUGGCGAAAAUACUUCUCCAACGACACCGGAACCAAUCCUUCCAUCAAUAUCUGCAGAUGCACUGAACGUGCUUGAUAGUGAGGAUCAAACGGCGGAUACGACGAAAACUCAUUCAUCGACAUCUGCAACCUCAUCGAAAGACCCGUCUGGAGUAAGCAGCGCAAAACACACGAUUUCUGCAAUCACGUCUGCAAAAGGAGGAACCACGUCUUCGACAUCAUCCAAGUAUCAUUCCUCCUCUUCCUCUUCCUCAUCCUUACCGUCAUUGUCAUCGUUCACUUCGGGACAUCAUCAUCACCACCACCACCAUCAUCAUCAUCACCAUCAUCACAAAUCAAACAGUAACGUAGACUCUCAAAAUCGCAGCAACACGAACAAUCUGUCUAAACAUUCUGUGUUGCUCAGUCAACUUAACAGCACGAAAAGUCCUAGUUCUUCAACCCUUGAAAUAACUGGAUUGAAGCACCACCACAGUUCCAGCAGUGAUAGUAGCAGUUUGAGCAACAUGUCCUCCACGAACAGUAGUUCGGGUGGUAAAUCAGCCACCAAACUAGCCGUAGAUCACCAAGCCACGCUUGACAAAGGAUUGAAAAUGAAGAUCAAACGUACUAAACCUGGCACGAAAACUUCGGAGGCUAAGCAUGAAAUCGUGAAAGCUGAACAAAACGGUACGAGUUCACUAUCGUCGUCUGCGGACGAAAACAAUGGUAAUAGCAACAGUAGUUCUAACUCGAGCAACAAGAAACAUUCGUCACAGUCGCAAUCCCAAGCGCAACAAGUGGCCAGCCCUACCGUGCAACAGCAACAACCGCAGCAGCAGCAGCAGCAACAAGGAACGAAACGAGGAAGUAGUGGGCAUCGUCGGGAUAAAACGAAAGAGAAGGCCACACAUCACAAUCAGCGGGAUAAAAAUGAGCACAAUAGUACCAGUAGCAGUAGCAAUAGCUCAUCGUCAGCCACUGACCGGGGUUGUAGCUGUACGCAUGAAAUGCAAGUGAACGGAAUCCAGCAACCUUGCUCUAGUGCGUCCUGCAUAAGGAGUAGAACCUCAGAUCAACAAAUUAAUCCGCUGACGCAGCGGUUAUCAAAUCAAAACAACUCGAG